GGACAUUCCCAGUGCCUGGGUUGUCCCCGUUGUCACGGUUACCGGGAGACAGGGUCGCAUUCCACGGGCACAUUCCGCAGCUGGGAAUGCCCCCCGCCCCUCCAGCCAUGGCGUAGGGCCGCACCUCAGGGCAUUCCCGGCGCCAGGGGGCCGUUCCCGCAGGCAGGAUGCCGUCCCUGCCGCAGGACUCGCCCGCCGCGGCGCUGGGGACCGGGUUCCCCAUGGUGAGAGGUCCCCCCUCGGAGCUCGUGGGCUUUUACACCACCACCUACGAGGCGGCCUACGGGAGGAGACCCUCGGGGUCACCCCCACAGCUCCAGGGGGGCCGCGUCAUGGGGGUCCAGCCCCCCGGCGCCAGGAGCGUGCGCCCCCUCCUCGGCGCCCACACCGGCUCGGGGUACGUCACCAACAACCACUCGGCACUCUCGUCCCUCCUCAGACCGCACGUGGAGCGCCAGGACACUGACGUGUCCACCACCUCCGAGGACUUCAAGCUCUUCGGGCACCCGGAAUUCCAGAGGAUGCUGCCCCAGCACGUGUAUGAGCCGGAGUGUCGGUAUCCCACCGGCUUCUCCUUUUCCCGCCUCCGUUUCGGGGAGGUGAGGGCCCCAAACUCGUCCAGGGAACACGGCACCUGGAGCUGCUGCAACAGUCCUGCCCAGCCAGGUGUCCCACAGAGGGCAGCGGAGCUGUCGGGAUUCACCGGGACCACCCCGAGGAGCGACCUCAGCCUGCCGGAGCAGCCCGUGAGCGCCGUCCCCAGCGUGUGCCCUGUCCCCCCACCCCUCAGCACCCCGGGGGACGUUUAUCCUCCCUCACAACUUGACGGUGGUGGUGGUGGUCAGAUGGAUUCCUUUCCUGCUAUACGCAGCACUCCUGCCAUGGGCCACCCUGCCCCCUUUGCGCCCCCAGAGCUCCAGGUGGGACCCAGGGGAGUCACUGCUGAGAAGGAGCCAUUGGCAUACAGCACUGUGCACAACCAGUACCUGAACGAGCUCUCGCCGAUGGCCCCAACAGCACCAGGCUGGUGGACUCCAAUCACGUGGGCGCCGAGAUCCGUGGAGGGCAUCCAGAUCCCAUCUCCCAGCGGCUUCAGCACCAACAACCGCCCCACCAACCUGUGGCGCAUCGAUGAUCCCCCGACGUGACCCCCCUAAAAAGGUGCUGCUGCAUCCCGGGAAUCCCAUCCUCGGCUUUCCCAAAUCCCCGUGGGAGGAAUAAAGACCCUGCGCGAUGCCGUUGGAUUACCCCCUCGUUCUGGGAGUGUGCUGCGUCCCAAAGGCUGGUAGGAGGGUUUUGGAUGGUCGGGGGGUGUCACCUGGCCAGCUGCCGCUGGAGGGCUGUAUGAGCCUGGCUUUCCAGCUUUCCGAGCCAGCUUUGGGAUGACACAGCUGAUUUGCAGCAGGGAAAUCCAAGCAGGGCUGUGGUGGGAAGCAGGAGGGUGAGGAGGAGGGAGGACCCUGCAGGGUGGGCAACCAUGGCACGGGGGGCACUUGGAGAGGCUUCAUCCAUAUCUUCCCUAGCCAUGGGGAAGGGGAUUUGUGCCCCAAGGAGUGGCUCCCUGCAGGGUCCCAGGGGAUGUGAGGAAUCACAGAGGGACUGCCCCCCCAGUUUAAGGACUCUCACCCAGUUAAGGCAUCCACACGGAGCUCAGGGAUCCCUCCCACCAGUUUAGGGAUCCCCACCC